CGAGAACAGAUUUCAUGGUCAAGAAUUUAUUUGCAUUGACGGAAAAUUCAUGACAAAAUUCGAAUGGUUCGUUGUGUCGUGUAUACAGGCAGUGGGUAGAUCAUGCUGUAGAAGAAUAUCAGCCUUCUAGUAUAUUCGUUGGACUCGCGUAAAGGAUAUCUAAUAACUGACAGAUGAGUCCUACGAAUCAAUAAUGACUACAGAAGAGUCUUUGGAGCAACUCUUAGAUUUAGGCCUUCCACCGAAACUUAAUCAAGUCUCUGAGUGUCCUUUAGAUGAGGAUGAUUUUGUCGCGUUCCGAUCUCAGGGAGACCAGUGCCUUCACAUUGCUGAAAAACUUCAGAUUGAAUCGAUAACUAUCGCGCAGUGGCCAGUCGCUGCUUUGCUGUUCGCUUACGAACAUUCAAAUGCACCAUACGUGUCAACUCAAGCCAGAAAGAUUUCGCUAAAACUCUUAUCAACGCUAAAAGUACUAAAGGAUGUGGUGGAACGAGUUUUUGAAUUUCUGAAGCCAAGGCUUACACGGGAGAGCUGGAAAUUCUAUAUUGGUGAAAGGUACAUUUUAAUAUCUGUAUGCCAGCGUUUUCCGUUACCCGAAGCCCAUCUUCCGCCAGUCCUCAACAUCUGCGAUUCCCACUUGCCUCAAAACAAAUUAGUGGGUGCUCGAUGUCUCGUACACCUCAGCAAGGAAUUCACCCACGAUAACAAUAGAGGCGGCCGUGCAGAUGUAGUUGUCGACGCAUUAUUGAGGCUAACAUAUGCUCACGAUGAUCUAAAGAUUGUGGCGCUCGCCUACGAGGGUCUAGAACUUUUGUUACUGAAGAGUGGUUCUUGUCAUUUGCGAAGAAGUGAGAUCUACCUUCAUUUGCUGAGACAAUGCGCCAUGGCGUUCGCUAUAGAGGAAAAAAUACUACUUGGGCAAAUUUUGAUCCGAUUUGUGGACGGCAUGGGUCAAGCUGCCGGGGAAUUUGCUCAAACGACCUUAGAAGUCGCUGAAUUCUGGGCAGAUGCUUCCGCUACACGAAUAUCGGCGAUGUGCCUGCUGCAAAGCGCCCUUUCUUGUGGAGCUGUUUCGACCAGUUGGGAACGCGUCGCGCGGAUUCUUUUAAAUAGCGCAAUCCGGUGUACACAGAAGAAUCAUGAGGAGGUGCAAGCUAUCUUUCUUUGCAGGCAAAUCCUAAACAAAGUUCGGACGUAUCCGGAAUCACCUGAAGAGGUUGCUGUUUUUGAUCUUCUUCGAUAGUUUUAACAUCAACUAAGUGUUUGACAUGAUUGUGUAAUAUCUGGCAUUACAGAAACUGCAAGUGUCAUUUGUAGCUGCAGUUAUAUACAAUAACAACUAAAAAAUUUAACUGUAAUUAUGAAUUUAAUUUACCGUAGACUUAUAUAUGUAAUAAAUGCGCACUGUUCUGCUCACUGGUUUUUCCUUCAAUGUCA